UUGUAGGUUCCCCCAGUCUUUAACUGCCAUUCUGCCUUACUUCUAGUUCUCCUAUAAAGUCUCUUCACACAUCACUUUUGAAGGAGCCUACAGCCCUUCUCUCUCUCUCUCUCUCUCUACAAACUUUUGAAGGAGAAAGAAAGAGCGAGCAGCUCAUCAAACAACAACCAUGGCUUCCACCAUCAAAAGAGUCCACAUGAUUACCCAAAUUGUGAGGCUCAAACAAGUCGUCAAACGCUGGAAAAGCAACUCCCUUCGCCCUCGCUCCUCCGUCCUCUCUUACUCCUCCUCCGAUUCAGACGAACCGGCUCAAGCCGGUUCAAAUCGCCGUACACCUUCCGGUUCAUUGGCAGUCUACGUGGGCCCGGAGCGUCGACGGUUCGUGAUACCGACCCGGUUCUUGAAUCUUCCGGUCUUUAUCUCACUCCUCGACAAGGCGGAGGAGGAGUUCGGGUUUCAGCCCAGUGGCGGGUUGGUUUUGCCAUGUGAAGUUGAGUUUUUUUCGGAAAUCUUGAGGUUGCUUGAAAUGGAUGAGCAGAAAUUCGGACAUUAUGGGUUGGAUGAGAUUGUAAUGGCGAUUUCAGAAGUGGGUUUUGAAUCUUUAGAUCAGUCUUGUAAAGAAGCGGCUUCUCAUGGUUUUGCUCCUCUGCUUCAGAAUGCUAGGGUUUGACCGGCCGGUUGUUCUAGCAUUGUGGCGGCCGGUUCAGUUCUCGAGGAGGAAGAUUUGGGUUUAGGGGGUUUUAUUUUUUCCUUUGCCUAACUAACCUUGUUUGAAUAUUUCUAGGAAGUUUUUAUUCUUGAUUUUCAACCAUCCAUGAGCCCAGAAAUUUGGUUUUAUGAUGUUUACUGGGUUCUUAAGAGAUUUGGGUGAUUUUUUUUUUUUUUUUUUUUUUUUUUUUUUUUUUUUUUUUUUUUUUUUUUUUUAGCUUCUAGUGCUUUUUUACCACCAGAUUAUGACAUUGUUCUGGUGGUGUGACAAGCUGAUGGUUAUUAUUGUUACUCCAAUAUUAUGAUGAUGAUGAAAAUAGCAAAAAUUAAUGAAAUAU